CUAUAGCAAUAUCGAUCGUUUAAUUCUAUAGCGAGCGCUAGCAGUACGAGCUUACUGUGAACAACAUGGACAAAACUCCAUAUAAAAAGUUAAUUCGUAAACAGUCGAGUAAAGCAGUUUUCGGAAUAAAAUUACCACCUAUUGAAAAAAAUGAUACGGAUCACCAUGUCAAAACAAUCUUGGAUGUCGACCCCGACUACUUUUCUCUCGUUGAAGGUAGAAAAAUUCGACCAAACACCUCUAUGAACAAGUACAAGGAAGAUGUUAAAAAUGUUGCCUUAAAAAGGACUCUUCGGGGAUUUCUCACGGACGAAAUUUUGAGGAUAGACAGAGAAAUGGAAAAUGAAAAAAGUAUUUACGAAUCCGCGUCUGCACACUUCGAUGAUUGUCAAAAAAGUUUCGACAAAUUUUUGGCUCACGAUAAUAACAAAACAAUUGCUAUUAUGCAAAAAUCGGAUGGUUUAGCAAAAGAUCUGGUAAAUCAGACUGAAGAGCACAAACAGGCAAAUUACGAAGUGGCAACUCUCAAGUCCAAAUUGCAGUACAUCGACGAGACUUUACUGAUAUUGUUGUCGUUCGAGGAAUUCCUUCAUACUGCUGCACCGAUUUUAUGGCAGGAACAUAACAACGUUCAACUGAAUAGACACCACACUGAAAUCAUAGAAAUGGAUUCAAAUAUCUUCGUUCCUGUAAACACAGAUACAGUCAAAGAGCGCUUGAGUAAACUUUCAACUCCAAAAUUAUAUUUUGAGACCCCUGAGCAACUCUUGGAAAUGUUUGACUUGUUGGAGCACCAGAAUCUUAAUUAUUUACUUGCUACAGAGGAAUUAAACGCUGAAAAAAAUAAAUUACUAAAAUCGAGAGACGUCUUUAAAGCUACUCUAAACCAAGAAUUAGAUUUCAUUCAAAAAAAGAUGGAUCGAAUUGAAGCCAUGAUCGCAACUAAUAAAAAUCGCGAGAUUGAAGUUAAAGAAAUAUUUUACAGAAUUUUAUUCGAUAAAUUAAGGUACAUAGUGUCUUCGGAGUGUGCUUUACAAGUAUCUAACUACGUUGAAUAUGCCUACGAACAAUUAGUUUCAACUAACGAAACUAAUCUCAGCCCUGUGGAAAUGACGAGGGCUCUGGAGAACGAAUAUGACAAUUUAAUGCUGGAUUUGACAACUUACGAUAUAAACCUCGUGAAGGCAGUGGAGCAAGAGAUAUAUGAGAAUGAAAUAAAAAACAUGAAACAAGCCAAAGAAGCCGCUAAACUUUUAAAAGACGUCGACAAGCUAAAUAGAAGGUUAAAGUCGUCCUUUGAGCCAACAAGACGGAAAAUUAAUUAUUAAUUGAAUAUGAUCUCAGGAGGUAGCCCACAAAUCAAACCAAGAUCUAAAAUAACCCUAACCUACCAUGUUACGCAGAGUUUUUAGAGCCAAACAAGCAACGCCUCAAAUCCAGGAAUCCCUCGUGUAGUAUCGCUAAAAACCUAGCAGAUACUUAAUUUAAUCUAAAACGUGAGUGGGCAAAAUCAUGGUAUUUGUCAAAGGCGGGAAAACUAGGCUCUGAAAUUACGCCUGGACGAGACUGAUGUAAACUUAAUGCGCCUACUUACUACAACCACCGCUGUGGUUGGAUAGAUUCCCCGGCCUGCCAUUCAGUACAUAAUUCAAGACUGCCCUAUGACGCGUUAUGUCGCCGGUCCUCCCGAAGACCUGAUCACCCUGAGCGACGAAGCCAUAACGUGGCUGACUGGUCUAUGUGUAGACCUUUAAUUAAUUUAAAUGUUCCUAUUUUUACAAUGUUUGCCAUACGAUUAAUUAAAUUAAAAGUAAAUAUUUUCAAUGAAAACUAUAGCUAACAUGAUCGGUCCAGCCGUUUUUGAGAUAUUGCAAAAAAACUUCUCUUCUUAGCAAAAAGACAUAUAAAGCGCUGCAAAGGUACUCCCUUAGUCUCUUAUGCUUGUAAUGUACAUGAUACUUAAUAAUAGCCCGCGUUCGGCCUGUUCUGACAGAAUGGUAACUAGGAAACCCUACACUCAGCAUGGCAGAUUUUUUUAUUAUUAAAAAAAGUCAUUCCACCAAAAAGACAGUAAAAUAUUGCCAAGACGAAACCACAAGGCUCGCACUGUCAAAAAGUUAUCAGAUCUUUUGUAAAGCCAAGCUCCUAACUCUACAGGCCCUAAGUUCACAGCUUGGCUCUACAAGAGAUCUGAUAACUUUUUGACAGUGCGAACCUUGUGGGUUCGUCUUGGCAACACAUAUCCAAGAUGACAUGAACGAAAAGUAAUCUAAAACCUUUUCCGCCUCCGCUGCCCUACUAAUUAUCUACUAAUCUACUAUAUAUUAAAUAAUAAAUAUAAUAGGACAUUAUUACACAAAUUGACUAAGUCCUACAGUAAACUCAAUAAGGCCUGUGUUGUGGGUACUUACUACUUAGACAACGAUAUAUAUAAUAUAUAAAUAUGUAUAAAUACUUACGUACAUAGAAAAACAACCAUGACUCAGGAACAAAAAACAUAUAUUGAUUGUGGAAUAUUAGUAUAUUAAUAUUAGUAUUGAUUUAAAAAAAAAGCAUAGCAGAAUAUUGAGAUCUGUUUUUCUGAACCUAUAUCUACAGUGGCGCAACUGGUGAGCACAAAAACGGUAGACUUUAUUGCAGCUUUUUACUUUUACCGCAGACAGACGG